AGAUGGCGGCGGCGAGAGGCGCUGUCGCCGCUGCUGUCGCCGGUGCGGACGGCUGGGCUGCGUGAGGCGAGCGGGAACAUUUCCCCCCCUCCUGCUGCUGCUUCCGCUUCUUUAUCGCUGUUUCGGCGGGAACCGAUGCCGGGGACGGCCUUGCCGCGAGGGCUGAGGGGAGACGCGGAGGGCGCCGGCAGGCCUGGCGGCGGGCGGCGCUGAGGGCGCGAUGCGGGGCAGGCGCCGGCGGCGGUUCCGGGGGGCCAGCGGGCGGCUGGGCCGGCCUCUGCCCCCCUGGCUCGGCCUCUUCUUCUGCUGCUUCCUGUCGGCGUUGCUGGGAGGCGGCGAGGCGGCUCCUCUUCCGCAAGCAGGGGAAGCAGCAGUGACUGAAGUUCCCUUCGCGUUGGUGAUUAUUUCUGCCUGCAGCCUUUUAGGCUUGGUACUUCUGCUUGUGAACUGUGUAUCCUGUUGUAAAGAUCAAGAGAUAAACUUCAAGGAAUUUGAAGAUAAUUUUGAUGAUGAAAUAGACUUUACACCACCUGCGGAAGAUACCCCAUCUGUCCAGUCCCCAGCUGAAGUGUUCACACUUACAGUUCCCACUGUUUCUUUACCAGCUCCAUCACAGUUCCAGCUUCCUACAGAAGGGUUGAAAUCCCAAGUCGUCCGUCAAAAUCUCAACUAUAUCCAAGAAAUUGGAAAUGGCUGGUUUGGAAAGGUUUUGCUUGGGGAGGUUUACACAGGCUCCAGCGUGGCCAGAGUUGUUGUGAAGGAGCUGAAAGCAAGUGCCAGUUCCAAGGAGCAAGAACGAUUUUUGAGGCAUGGAGAGCCAUACUUAAUUCUUCAGCAUCCAAACGUCCUCCAGUGUGCAGGGCAGUGUGUGGAGGCCAUUCCCUAUCUUUUGGUAUUUGAGUUUUGUGACUUGGGUGACCUAAAAACGUACCUUUGCAAUGAACAGGAGAACAUUAAAGGAGAUUCCCAAAUAAUGCUGCUACAGAGGAUGGCGUGUGAGAUUGCAGCUGGACUCUGCAUAAUGCAUAAACAUAAUUUUGUCCAUGGUGACCUAGCCUUACGCAACUGCUUCCUUACAUCCGAUCUAAACGUAAAAGUGGGAGAUUAUGGAAUAGGAUUCAGUAGGUAUAAGGAAGAUUAUAUUGAAACAGAUGAAAAGAAGCUUGUGCCUCUUCGAUGGACUGCACCAGAGCUGGUGACUAGCUUUCAGGACAGACUGUUAACAGCUGAGCAAACAAAGUACAGUAACAUCUGGUCACUAGGUGUAACGCUAUGGGAGCUUUUCAGCGGUGCUGUGAAGCCUUACUCACAUUUAUCUGACGAUGAAGUCCUGGUGCAGGUCAUAAAAGAGAAGCAGACAAAGCUUUCAGAACCUCGUCUUGAGCAGCCAUAUUCUGAUAGAUGGUAUGAAGUUUUACAGUUCUGUUGGCUGUCUCCAGACAAGAGAGCAACAGCAGACGAAGUGCAUAAGCUUCUAACGUAUCUCCGUAUGCAAAGUCAAAGGGAUUCGGUGAUUGAUCCUGAACAGUGGAAUGAUCUCAAGCCUGAUACUUCAAACAGAGAGUCCUCUGGUAACUCUGCCUUUCCAAUCCUGGAUCAUUUCACAGGCAACAGGUUUGGCCGUGAGAUGGAAGAAGUUCUCACGGUAACUGAAACAAGUCGAGGGCUCAACUUUGAAUGCAUCUGGGAAGCAGCCAAACAAGACCACUUCGAAUGCAGCCAGGCAAAUCCUGAUGAGGGAAUGACUUACACCAAUAUCUUCUUCCCGGUGGAGGUUUUUGAGAACACACUUACGGAGCAAGGACCUGGGAAUCAAGUUGAAAGUGGGCAGGAUGUGCUUCGUGUCCGUGGCGAACUUCCCGUGUUUAAUGCCCAAAACCCUUCUGUUGGAAAUGAUUAUUACAUCCAGUUAGAAGAGAAGAGCAGAGACAAUAGUGUAAACUUUGAUAACCAAGAUUCUAUAUUGAUGACUAACAUGGACAGUCAUGCAGUUGUAAAGGACAAAAACUCUCACUUCAUAGUUCUUGGGGACUUUGCUGCUGAAUCCACUACAGAUAGGGACUCUCUCCAUUACAAUACAUAUCCCAAGGAACAGGAUUUCCAUGUUCAUUGUCCUGAAAGUCCUUUCCAAGAUAUAUUUAGUGAUAUCGACAGAAUGGAACAAUUUACAGAUAUGAGAAAUAGGUUUGAGUUGGCUGAUCUAAAUGAUAUUCAUGUCGAGCUUGAAGCAGUUUCAUAUUCAGGUCUUGAGGAGUCUGUAGUUGAUCAGCUCCAGAAGAGAAGUCCCAGACAUGCUUCUGAAAGUGAAGCUGUUUGCUUGCAGGAGGAUAUUAUAAUGCAGUCUGAUCCUAGCUUACUGACUUCAGAAGAGCUGUCGGAUAACUUUCUUUUCCUUCAAGAGAAUAAUUUACUAAAGGGGGCACUGAGUAACAGAACUGGUGGUGGUGACUUAAAAAGAGCAUCUGACAACACAAAAAUGCUAGAUCCACCAAAUACAAACUCUCUGGGGGUUGAACUUAAAAUGGAUGGGAAUUCUCCAGUCCAUGAAGACGAACAUUUUGUGCAAAUGAGCACAAAUAAAAACAAAAGUAUUCCGCCCCAGCCCCUUAUGCAAGGUCAAAUGUCUCCUAGGUCACCUGCGAUGGAUAAGGAGCAGGUAUCCCCCUUAUCAGGAACUGAAAAACCCUCUCCUAACAUAGAAGUUAAUGAUAACUCUGCCCGCAGUAUUGAUUACUCUUACCUUGACAUGAAUCAAGUCUCUGAAGCUGGCUUUAAUGAAACGUUCUCCAUGAAUGCCAAAAACCAAACUAAUGGGAGUAGCCCCUGUCAUAGCAUUGCACUUCAUGCUCAAGAGGAAGAAAGACAGCAGAAUAAGCAGGAACUUAAAUGCAAUAGUAGUUCUUGGGGGGAGCUGAUUGCGGAUCUGAAGAAUAAGCCAUCUGGAUUAGAGCAAGGUGAUGAGUAUAUUCUGGAGCCAACUGACAAAGCUUUAACCAAGGUUCAGAAAUGUAACAAGGAGACCCCGAUCAAAGACAUUGCGCUUUCGUCUGUCCUUCCUUCAGACCGUACAAGUCACGACAGUCUACUGGAGGACAGUUUAUCAGCUCCCACACAGAGUAUGGGGCAGUCUAUUGAUACACCGGACUCAUUGGAUUCAUUAGAUGUUAUUGAGGUCCUAGAGUCUUUAGUGGGUCAGAGCCCCCAGAAACCUUUGCCACCUGAUAAACCUGCUGACAGUGGCUAUGAAACUGAAAACCUGGAGUCUCCUGAAUGGACUUCACACCUUGUUGGCAGCAACUCCAAUGAAGACAUGGCUUUGUCCAGUGCUGCUGGUGAUGGUCUUUUGCGUGAUAAGCCUAUGAUCAUUCUGUCAUCAGAUGUCAAUACAGACUUAGACACAGCAAAUACCAUGGAUACAUUUGAAGGCAUCUCUAAGACAUCUUUUGGUGGCAUCCAGAAUUCGUACAGAGAUUCCGCCUAUUUUUCUGAUAAUGAUUCUGAACUAGAUAAGAAAUCUGAGGUCACAAAUACAUUGGCAGACACUCAAGUACGAACAGAGGGUGGUAUGUGCAGUGACUACUUUGAAAUAGAAGAGCAUAAAAAUGCAGAAAAUCGGUCAAGUGAUGAUCAGGUAGCCAGUGACCAGUUGACAAAGAACUCACGCUUGCAGCUAGAGUUGGAGGAGAAGCUGGAGACUGCUGAAACAAAGCAAGAGUGUCUUCAUAAAGAAGACAAUACAGCUUCAUUGCUACCUGUGGUAGAACUAGAGCCUACUGAUGAAGAUGACAUUGAGAUCAUAUAUGAGGAUUCCCCCAGAAGUGUCUCUUGCACAGGCACUAACACAGCAGACUUCCUUCCUGAGAGAGAUCUAAAGCUCACCCCUAACUUGUAUGGCCCUGCUGAAGUGUUGGAAAAAUCCUUAGUGUGCCACUUUGAAGGUCAUAAUAAGUUGAAAGAGCCAGACAUCGAAGGAAAAUACCUUGGUAAACUUGAUGUUUCUGGGAUGCUUGAUCUAUCAGUGGAUGGAGAUGAUGCUGAUGAAGAAGAUGAGAACAGUGAUGAUUCUGAGGAUGAUAUGAGAACUUUCCACUUGCAUGGACUUAGCUCUGACAGCGAUGAGGAAAUUGUCCAUCAAGUACCGGUGAUCCUUACGGAUAGGGAUGAUGGCAAACAUCUAAGGAGCUUGUUAAAACAUGCGAAGCCACCAGGGCAGAACAGCCCUUCUGAAAACUUUAUGAAGAAUGAGAGGAAAGCCGUAACGUUCUUUGAUGAUGUCACAGUCUAUCUUUUCGAUCAGGAAACACCAACCAAAGAGCUCGGAAAUCGUGCUACAGAAUCAAACCACUCAGAUUCUGAGAACACUCCUGUUCCUGCUUCAGGCCCUGGUUACUUGAAUAAAUUUACAAAUUCAGAAAGUUCUACAGAUGAAGAAGGUGGAGGUUUUGAAUGGGACGACGACUUCUCUUCUCCAGAGCCCUCUUUCAUAGCAAAGGCAGCAAACAGCCUCAUUAGUUCCAAGCCUUCUCUUCAGACCUCAAAGUACUUCUCCCCACCACCACUGCCUCGAAGCUCUGAACAAAACUGGUCGAAUCCUUUACCUUACUCCAGGUUCUCUAUCUCUCCAGCAAACAUUGCAAGCUUCUCGCUCACUCACCUUACGGAUUCUGAUAUUGAACAGGGAGGGAGCAGUGAAGACGGAGAAAAAGACUGAAGCUUCUUUCCUCGGUGAAUGGUCAUCGUUUUGUGGGGGGUCACUUCUGCUUUUUGCCUAACAGCCAAUAUUUUCGUUUUCAAAAACAACAACGACUACCCUCUUGCAUCUGAAAACAAAGCAGACCUGCUGAAAUCCAAUAAUCAAGAUGUUUGCACACCCUGAAGGCAAUGUUAGAUCAAGACCUGAACUUGAAGGUGGAUGUUACUUUUUGUAGUGUACUUUUUUUUUUGAAAACUGGUGCAUUUUGCAUUUCCUUUAAAAAUAUAUAUGUGCUAGCCUUCCCCUUCUCCCCCCUCUCCCACCCCCAAAGUACUUGAAGUAUCCUGCAGACAAUUUGUAACAAAUAUGUACAAGUUAUGCUCUGGUUUAUAUAUAGGAUUGUACCAUACCCUUUUGUAUUCUCAAUGUAUUAUCUCUAUGAACAUGUAAAAUUGUACAUAGCUGAGCAGAAGGUGGCUAUGUCACUUGAAGCUGCCUGACUUGAGAGCUGUUGUGUAGAAAGCCAUAUUUCAAAGACUUCACACCUUGCUUAGCUGCAGAUGCACUAGUAACUGCCCUUCCCAGGUCCUUCUGCAUUGUACAAAGCCAUUCUUCUUUGCUUCUUGAUUGAUGGAAGUUGUUUGGGGUCCUUUACCUGCCUGACUGGUUUGCUUUGUGCUCCUGUGCCCCUUUUUUGCACAGCGUACUUGUUGGGGUGUACAGAGCUUGAGUCUUCCUGUUUUUAUAAUUUCUGGAGCUUUGUAUGCUAUCCACUUUUCUAAAGGGGCAAUUCACUUUCUUAUAUUCCCAUCUGCAGUACAGUGGUCGACGAAUUGACUUUUUAGUUAUAGUUGGCUAAAAAAAAAAUUGUGGUGUUGUAACAUUCUUCUGUUUGCUUCCCUCUGCACCCAAGACGUCUGGAAGACUCAAUAUCUGUGUAUGUGUGUGUGUCCUUAAAUGAUGGUCUUGGUUACUGGGUAACUUCUUGAAUCGCUCAUCUCAUCUUCAGGGAAGUGUUAACAUUUCUGCUGAUGCAAUGUAAAAGGGGAUGUGUUGACUCAUGCAGUUGCUCUUUCUCUUUGUGUUUGAAGUUGGGAUUCUCUAAAGAAGCAGCUUUAGCAGAGCAGGCGUCACCUGUGGAUAUUUGAGAACCAAUCUUCAGUAGGGAUUUGGGUCUUCUGUGCCAGCUGUAGUUGGCACAUACUGCAGGUUUCCAUGCAAAACUGGUAGUUCUAAUACCUUAAGGAUGGCUAAUAGAAACUUAAGGGCUAAUUGGCAGUGUGUUGUUAGACCCAGAUCUUCCAGAGCUUUUAAAUCCCUUGCCAGAGCCCUGUUCUGCUGAUGGAAAGCUACUCUGGCUUUCAUAAAAUAGGAAGGGGUUUAGUGUAUAGCUCUCCUAAGUGUGUGAACUCAGAAUAUAAGCUGCAGGGUCCCCCGCCCCCGUCUCACUUUUAAAAUGACCACUUGAACUGUAAAAUGUGUUUUGCAGCCUCAGCUUUGGCAGUGGGGGAAGACAUAUGUAAAAAAAUGUUUUCUUUUGUUUUUUUAAAAAUUAAGCUAUCCAGCUGACCUGCACAGGUUUCUUUCUGCUUCAGGUCUGAGAACAUCUGUAAAUGGCAUGAAAAUUGGUAGCUUUUAAACCUUCUCAUCAAAGAAUGUAUGAAAGUAUUGAGGGUUUUCCUUUGCCGUUCUCCUUCAGCCAGGCUGGUUCUCAUGAGCCCUGUGGAGGGCAGAAAUUGAAGUGCAUUAAAAUUGUGAGUUAUGGACUCCCCCAUUACACAAGGAACUCAUUUGUCUAAAGAAAAAGUAAUAGAACAGCUUGAGACAUGUAUUGCUUCAAGCAUUUGCCCGCAACAUGAUCUCAUGUGCCAACUUUUCUCUAAAGCUAUACUGUCUGUUUGGAGUAUCCCGCAAUGUUUGUUCUUGGAAGAGCAAAUUUUAAUGUGCACUGAAUUAAUUUUCAAAAUACACAUUACAACCUUGGGUCUAUUUGGAAUGGUUGUUCCUCUCUUGGACAGGCCUGAGUCAAGUAGGGAGAUUUUUAAAGUCGGAUUAGGUUGUUUUCCCCCUCUUUCUGCUUUUUCUUAAUGUAAUAAAAUUAAAAGCAAGGAAA